AUGCAUGAGCACUGCGUUUACAUAGAUCUUCUUUAACCAGCUAACAAACAAAUCGUGAAAUUGAUUAUUAAUACAGAAGUCGACUGUCCAGUUCUAAAAUGGAUAUCCAACAUAUGAGAGCCAUUUUGCACUUCAUCGGAUUGUUAAUACUGAUCACGAAAUUCUCAAACGGCCAAUCUGUGACUCUGACAGGUCCUUCCUUAAUACAGCAAGGUACUGACACAGUUUACACCUGUACUGGAGGAGCAGCGCCAUAUACCUUUAUAUGGGAAGACCUUUCAGUGAUUCCAAUUGUUAAUAUCUUCAUUAAUGGAAAAGCGGUUACCAAUCCCUCUACUCAUCCAAAAUAUGUCAACUUUGGUGUAUCAGAAAAUGAGGGUACAUCCACUAUGACAAUCACUAAUACUCUGGUAGAAGAUGAAGGGCAGUAUAAAUGUGUUGAACUUCCUGUAGGAACAGGAAACAUUGAUGGUGCAGAACUAACAGUAGAAGUCAAAUCGAUACGGAACCUAUCGGUAAAAACUAUAACAGAGAGCAACAUUGACGUGUUCGAAGCAAUAUGUGAAGCUUUAGGAGGUAGACCAGAUGAAACAAUCACAUGGAUGUUAGAUGAUGGGCCUUCACCUUGUGAUGAUACAAAUGUAACGUACCCUGCAGCUGGAGAAGGUCUGUCUAGUAAAAGGAGUGUCUGCACAUUUCAAGCUACUAGUGAGAACAUUGGUCAAACAUUGAAAUGUGUCAUCAGCGGUCAUCAAGUAUAUGAUCUCAAUGGAGAAAAAACAACUACUCUUAAUAUACAAAGGUCACCUACUACUGAUAUAAGGGUGGGAUUCCAGUUCCUUGAACCAAACCUCACAGUGUCAUGUGACAUUGCUGAUCCAACCCAACCUAUUCCAAGCAUAAUGAACUACUACAUAUACUCCGAUGGGACUCUGAUACAUCAAUCUCCAACGGGAGACAACGAUGUGGAGGUUCCAUGUUCAGAAUUCGACCUCUAUACGGAGUUCACUUGCGUAGCAGGGAAUUAUCUUGGAAACACAACAAGUGAUCCGGCUAGAUAUGACCCAACCAAUCCCACACUAUGUACCUGUGUGCCAACUGGUCUGAGUUCUGGGGCCUGUGCAGCUAUUGCUGUCUUAGCCACCCUGUUAGUGGCUUCUGUCAUCAUCAACAUCAUUCAAUUCAUCAUGUUGAGGAGACAGAAGACCAGACCAGAAUUACCUGUCAAUGACUCAAUGACUUGGAUAAAGGAUUGUAUGCGUCUACACUGGACAUGUGACAUUAAGCCUUGUUCGGAUAUGCAACGGUCCUACAACGCAUCUACAUCUUAUACACUGAACGAUGGUCGGAUCUGAGCCAACUAAGC